AACAGAGGAUAAAAUCAUAAAAAUCCUCUCCCUCGCCUCAACUUCUGGCUCUUUUACGGCUCCAUUACAACGCCAUUUUCAGCCUCAUAUCGCUUGCGUUUCUCCUCUAAAAACACUGAAUUUUGCUUCAGCUUCAAAAACCCAUAGCUCUCGAUGCUUUUCACUCUCAUAAUCUGACAGUUUUUUCUUUGGUUCUUCAACAAUGGAAGCUCUCAGCCUAGGCACAGUCACUUCCUCCACUGCCAACUCCAUAACCACCCAUUUCUUCUCGGAUUCAAUCUUCCACUCCCGGAGAAGAUCAGUAACACUCUUUUUCCCCAGAAAACCCAAAAAAAUUUCUGUUUUUGCUUCCAAUGGGGACAAACCCCCGCCCAAGCUGAACCAGUGGGAACAAAUGGAGCUCAAGUUUGGCAGACUCAUGGGUGAAGACCCCAAAUUAACGUUAGCCAAGAUAAUGGGUAAGAGGGCCAACCCUGACAUGUCAUAUCUUGAAAUUGAAGAAUCAUUUAGGAAGAACAAGGGCAAAGUACUGGGUAAUGAUAUAGAGGAAGUUCCUUUUGAUGUGCCAACAAAAAGGGGUUCACUGAAUUCAAAGAGCGAGUUAAAUUUGGUUCGGCCUGUGCCCAAGAAAGGAUUCGAGUUUGACAUUGAUGAUAAACAAUCGAUAGAGACUAGGGAGAUUAAACCGAGCAAACAAAUCUCUAGACCUGUUGAAAACAGUGUUCCAAAUGUAAUCUUGCGGAAGCCAACGGAUACUGGUAGUGUUAAAACAUCAAGUUUUGGAAUGAAGCCAAAGUUAACACAAGAAUCAGUAGAUACUAAGGAGAUGAAGCCAAGCAAACAAAUCUCUGAACCUGUUGAAAAUAGUAAAAGCAGUGUUCCAAAUGUAACCUUGCGCAAGCCAACUGUUUAUUCUGAUGAGGAUACUGGUAGUGUUAGACCAUCAAGAUUCAAAAUGAGGCCAAACUUAACACUAAACAUGCGCAAUGAACCCCUAAAUACGAGUGAUAUGACAUUGUUGAAGAAACCUGAGCCCAUAAGAACCAGUGCCAGUGAAAAUGAAAAGGAUGGACAUUCUAGUGAUGCCAAAUCCGAAGCUCGUGAUGACAUUGGAGAGAGUAUUCCUACCAAUGUGCAUGUUACAAGGGGUGAACCUCAGGAUGUCAUACCUCUGAAGAAACCAGAACCUCUGGAUUUAAAUCAAGAACAAAAAGUUGACAGUAUUGAUGAAGAGAGUUUGAAUCUUGCCAAUGCCCCCGACCAAUAUCAACAAACAGAUGGAAAUUAUGUUGUGGAGCAUCCCAGGAAGGGGUUAGAUCAGAGUGUUGGGCAAAGCUUCGCUUUUAAUAGUCUUUCUGGGACAAGAUCAGCUGAACAUUUAGAUGCUGCACUGCUUGGAAAACCUGAAAGAUUAGACCAAACCAAAAAGUCUAUACCUCAAAAGGAGGUGAUUACUGCCAAUUCUGAGAGCAAUGACGUUGAUAUUGAGCUUGACAGCUUUCUCAAGACAUCAACAAUUAAGGACCAUGAAGAUUAUGACUGGACAAGCGCUGAGAAUCUUGUUAAGACAGGAGAAAGAAAGGAAGUGGAACUGAUUAGUUCUAGCACCAGAGGAUUUGUUGUAUCUUUUGGUUCCUUGGUAGGAUAUUUGCCAUACCGAAAUCUAGCAGCAAAUUUGAGAUUCAUGCCCUUUGAGUCUUGGUUGAGAUCAAAAGGCUUAGACCCAUCCACCUACAAACAAAAUUUGGGAGUUAUAAGAGACUAUGAUGAUAAAAUGACAGAUUCUUCUGAGUCAAGGAUUGUUUUGCAAACUGAUAAUACAUUUGAGGUCUCACCAGAUAUGAAACUUGAGAAGCUUCUUAGUAUUUUUGACCAAGAGAAACUCAAGUUCCUAACAUCAUUUGUUGGUCAGACAGUGAAAGUGAAUGUGAUUUUGGCAGAUAGAAAAACUAGAAGGCUAAUAGUUUCAAUGAAACAUAAAGAAAACAAAGAAAUGGUUCAAAAAAAGAGAAGUCUCAUGGCUAAACUUAGGAUUGGUGAUGUUGUGAAGUGUUGCAUCAAAAAGAUUACCUACUUCGGCAUAUUUGUUGAGGUUGAAGGAGUUCCAGCAUUGGUUCACCAAGCAGAAGUUUCGUGGGAUGCUAUGUUAGACCCUGCAUCAUAUUAUAGAAUUGGGCAGAUUGUGGAUGCGAGAGUUCAUCAGCUAGAUUUUUCACUUGACCGCAUUUUCUUGUCAUUAAGGGAAAUAACGCCAGAUCCAAUGACGGAGGCCUUAGAGGCGAUAGUUGGCGAUCAAGAUAAUUUAGAUGGAAACUUUGAAACAGCUCAGCCAGAUGCCGAGUGGGCAGAUGUGGAAUCUCUUAUCAGAGAGUUGCAGCAGUUUGAGGGAAUCAGUUCCGUAUCAAAGGGGCGUUACUUCUUGAGUCCUGGUCUGGCUCCAACGUUUCAGGUUUACAUGGCAUCGAGUUCUGAGAAUCAAUACAAGUUACUAGCUCGAUCUGGAAACCAAGUACAAGAGGUGAUAGUUCAAACAUCACUGAGCAAAGAAGAGAUGAAAUCUGCAAUUCUCAUCUGCACAAACAAAGUCGAGUGAUUGAUGACUGAUCUACUCUCUUGGUUCGUUCUAUAACCUCUCAUACGCGGAUUUGAAAGGGAUACCGGCUAUGACACUGCCCGGAGCUUGCAUAUCAGAUUCUCGAUGGCCAUCGGUUAAACUGCCGUUAUUGUUACUAUAAUUUUUGCAGGGGAGUUGGCUAUUACAGUGUAGUUUUAAGGGAAGUAAAGAAAUGGCAGAGUUUCAUGUUGUUCUAUGUAGAAAAGAUGGCAUUGUGCAUUUUUGAUAGUUUGGUGGUGUCACUGUGGAUAGUGGACUAAUGCAUUGAUGAAGAGUCAUUCAUAAGGAGAUGAAUAUUUGCUUAUAA